CCCGCACGAGCUUUUGAGUUCUACGCAGGCACGAACUGAUCCCCGCGUUCUCCAUGCGCGCCUGUCGUGCCGAAUCAACCAUAGUUGGAGAUCCUGAUGUCACCCCAAUGCAGGACGGGAUGUCGAGCUCUUAUUAACUCCUCCCGCAUCGCAUCCCAUCCAUCCCCGCACUUUGUGAACUCAACCAGAGCUCUUGGAUUUCCAAGCAGAUUCUUGAUCAUUUUGAUUUGAAAGCCAUCAGUGGUCUACCUUUUUCUUCACGCCACCAAUUGAUACUUCAGUAAAGACAAUGUCCAACCCAGAGCUAGACCGUAACUCUUUCCUGGGUGGUCGCACCGUCCAGUUCAACGCUUCAGCUUCAGCACCUCGUCUCUCGGGCUCGCCAUCCCCAGCGGCUGCCAUUGAUGCUAAGCUUCCUGGUCACAACCACUCGGUGCCCCACUACCAUCAGAGCUGGCACCGCGAGCUCUUCGAUGUCGGCAUCUUCAAAGACACCAUCCUCCCGAGCAUCUCUCUGCAUGUCCCUCUAGCUCUUGUUGCUUAUGGCAUCGGUCGCGCCACCGACAGUGUUGAAGCAAAGGAUUGGCUUUGGCCCACUGCACCUAUUGCCAACGCAUGGUGGUCAGCCGUUGGACGCAAGGUGCAGCGAGGUCUUACGCUCGGUCAAGCACUGUCCCUGCUCUCCCGUCCAGAACGUCUCCUCCUGACCGGCGUCACCCUUUGGGGCGGACGUUUGCUCUUUAGGAUCUCCAGUCGCUCUAUCAGACGCCGCCAGUCUGGUAAGGGUACUGAUGAUCCACGUUACGAUGAAGUCAAGAAGGACCCUGGCUUCUGGAACCAUGCGCUGUUCAGCAUCUUCCUUCCCGAGGCUUUGAUCCAGACCAUUAUCACUCUUCCGUUCACCGCUCCUUUCCAUCAUCAGGGAAAAGUACUCAGUGGCUAUCAGCCAAUUGUGCAGGCCACAGCUGUGGGACUGUUCUCUGCCGGCCUUGCCCUUGAGAUCCUUGCUGACUCGCAGCUCGCUGCGUACAAGGAAACCGUCAAUGAUGAGCGCGCCGUUUGCAAGGAGGGGGUCUGGUCACUCGUCCGCCACCCAAAUUAUCUCGGAGAUGCUCUCGUGCACUUCUCAUUCCCACUUCUUCUCUACGGAUCUGACUUGUUGGCUCCUAUCGAGAUUCUCGGCAGUGUCGCCAAUUAUUUGUUUCUCCGUUAUGUCGGUGGCACCAAACAGACGGAAGCUCAUCAACACCGCCGAUAUUCACAAUCGCACUUGGAGAAGCACGAAGACUUCCAGCGUUUCAAGGAGAGUCAUAAUUCAUUCUGGCCCAAGGCUGCCGUACUGACCAACCAAUGGCUUUGGAUUGUUGUUGGAGCUGGUGCUGCUGGUGCGAUCGUUGAGCAGGUCGUCAACCAACUGAUCUGAGAAUGGCGAAGACUAUAUGUAACUGGGGUUGGAAAUCAUCCUGUGCCCGCAUUGCCGCUAGGACAGAUCAGCAGGAUGCACUGAUAUGGAACUACGCCUGGACAUGAUUUGUU